AUGCCGGCUGCUGAUCUUACCAAUCGUGCCGUUUGGCUCUCUUCCUUCUCGAAACCCCUCUCCGUCGUGGAUCUCCCUGUGCCAAAUGCGGACGUAGGAACCGCGGUGGUCAAGAUUCUAGCCACUGGCGUUGCUCCCUAUACCCACCUGAUCCAUUCAGGCAAACUUCCUGCUCUCAACCUGACGCCACCGCUCGUCCCAAAUCCAUCCGGCAUAGGACGCAUUCACGACGUUGGACCGGAUGCCGUUCGUCUCAAAAAGGGUGAUCUCGUAUUCGUCGACGGCUUGAUCAGGGCUAGAGACGACGCGAAUGUCGCCCUCAUGCCCGGUCAUAUGACUGGAGGUCAUUUAAACGCCCAGAAGCUCAUGAGAGGGGUUUGGCGAGACGGUUCCUGGCAACAAUAUCAAAAGGUUCCGCUGGAGACCUGCUUUCUACUUGAUGAGAAGCGUCUCUGCGGCGACUUGGGCUACAACGCAGCUGUCCUCCACACCAUUGCGCACUAUACCGUGGCUGCCGGCGCUUUAUUAGAAGCCGCUCGAGUCAAGACUGCUGAGGUCGUCGUUGUCGGACCUUCUGGUGGUUCAUUUGGUGGUUCAGCGGUCGAGAUCGCUCUCGCUGUUGGUGCUGAGGUGAUCGCGUUGGGCCGGAGUGAAGCGAUGCGGGAAAAGCUUGCAAACCCUCGCCUGAAAACCGUCGUCAUGACUGGAGACGACCAAGUUGACGCCGCAGCCAUACUGAUGGCAACGCCAAACAACAGGGGCGCCGAUGUCUUCAACGAUUGGACUCCAGGGGAGCUGGCAACGCCGCUAUACCUCUCAGCUGCGGUCUUGGCCAUGAAGCAGAGUGGAAGGAUCGUAUUGAGUGGAGGAGCGGGAGACAAAUGCCGCCUUCCAUACGGGCUUCUUAUCUUGAAAAACAUCCAACUGAUCGGCAAAUGGAUGUAUGAGCGUCAGACGCUUGAUCAGGUCAUCAAUAUGAUUACUCAGGAGCAGUUGAGAAUUGGCCAGGAAAGUGGAACAGAAAUCACGACUUUCGGUUUAGAUGGCCACGAGGAUGCCGUGGAGCAUGCACGCAAAAAUGGGGGUUGGAGAUCUUACACCGUCAUUGAGCCUAACCAUGACUGA